AUGACCCCAACAAUCGACAAUCUAACCGGCAGCUGGACCCUAGCAAGUACUCCCACAUAUUCCCUCUGCCCAUCCUCCCCCUCCUUAACCAGACAUCAACCCACAAAAACUAACCACCCACCUCCCCCGAACCCUCCCCGGAGAGCACGGGGGAAAGGACCGAAUUACCAGGACAAAUCCCUCUCCAGCGAUUUGGACCCAAUCCUCAAACUCCAAGGCAUCCCCUGGCUCCUCCGCAAAACUAUCCUCUUCACCCCGCUCACCAUCCAAAUCACCCACCACACCGUUACCACAAACAACGCAAGCGGUCGCACAACAAUGCACCUCACCGCCCGCCAAACCAGCAUCAAGGCCGCCAACCCGCCACCGGAUAUCCGGCACUUCGAUUGGGAGGUUUACGAGCAGGAGAAUUUGCUGUUUGGGGGGAUUGUGUGUCGGAAUCGGUAUAUUAGGGGGGACAUCUUGGUACCUGCCCUGACGGAGGUAGGGGGAAGUGCUGGUGGUGGUAGUGGGGAUGGGGUGGUCAGGCCUGCGGUGGAGGUGCAGAGUCUGCUGGAAGAUGAUCUGGGUCAGGCGGUUGUGAGGAGGUUCUUGAGGGGGGAGGUGGAGGUUGAUGGAUGCACGCUGUCUGAGGGGUUCCUUGUGGAGGAGCCUGUGGUUGGGGGGCUGUUUGGGGAGGAAGGUCAGGGUGAUGGGGAGGGGAUCUGGGGGCAUGUUUUUGAUAGGAAGAAGGAUGGAGGGUGGUGUUCUGAGCAGGUUUGGGGAUUUGAGAUGAUACAUGGGGAGAGGUUGUAUACCCGGCGGGCUGUGGUGACUAACAGUACUGGGGGGUACGGGCUGGCGCAGUUGGUUUAUAGGUUGGUUGAGAGCUGAGUGCUUUGCGUAGAAAGCACAUAAGCUCAGAUCUUAUGGGUUGGGUGGUGGUAGGUGAGGUUGUAAUGGCGGCUGGUUCUGGCUGCACUGACUGUACACGCUGCUGGCGUCUGGGAGGUCUUGUCUUGAUCUUGAGAUGUAAGAAGUGUAUGCAAGGCGAAGUUAUUGACUCUCAUCCUCUUCUAAGCUUAGAUGCUUCAUUGGAUGAGUCCUAGACCGUGAUGAUUUACUUUCAACAAUGGUCUUGCACGUUACUGGUUUGAGCUUGAUUUGUGACAUACGCUGAGCGCCUGCCUUUGUAGUAAAGUUGAUAUGAUUUAC